AUGACAUCAUCGCCGGCAACCACCGUAACCUCCGGUCACUACCCUCACCGCCGGCCAUCAUCACCGCCAGCAACCACCACCUGGCAACCACCAUCACCGCUGGCAACCAUCACCGCCGGCCACCAACCACAUCGCCGGCCACCAUCAUUCGACCACCAUCAUCCAGCAACCGACCACCAUUAUAAUCGCCGGCAACCACCAACAUCAUCCCGGCCACUACCAUCACCGCCGGCCACCAUCACUGCCGGCCACCAUCACCGCCGGCCACCAUCAUCCACAUCGCCGACCAUCUAA